AGCCGCACGCAUCCUAUAUCAGAAAAUGAAAUCCGGAUUUGGUCAAAUCAAGGCUGGGAAAGGUUUCACGAGUCUUGAAGGCGUCGCAGAUGAAGGUCCGUCGGGACGAAGAGUCCGCCUGAGAUAUGCCUGAGUCUCCGCAACUCCGAGAUCGGAGGUGUGACUGUCUUCAUACUUAACAUGCAGUCUCACACAACUUCAGUAUCGCAAGCUAGUGAGUUCCACCGCUCGCAGGGACGUACAGAUGGCAAAGCUUCUGAAGAAACCCGUAAAGCUUGCGCUCGUGCAAUUGGCAUCUGGCGCCGACAAAGCUCACAAUCUCGCCCACGCUCGAACCAAAGUCUUAGAAGCCGUGAAGCAGCACAAUGCCAACAUCGUUGUGCUGCCAGAAUGCUUUAACUCCCCAUAUGGCACAAAGUACUUUCCCAAGUACGCAGAGACCCUUCUCCCCUCGCCGCCCUCCGAAGCACAGUCACCCAGUUUCCAUGCUCUUUCAAAAAUAGCAAAGGAAGCAAAUGUGUACCUCGUGGGAGGGAGCAUACCAGAAUACGAGGAGAGCAGUAAGAAGCAUUUCAACACAUCGCUCACAUUUGGUCCAACUGGAGAAUUGCUGGCGACCCACAGAAAGGUACAUCUGUUCGACAUUGACAUACCAGGCAAAAUCACGUUCAAGGAAUCGGAGGUUCUGGAUCCCGGCAACAAGGUCACCAUCGUUGACCUACCUGAAUAUGGGAAAAUUGGAAUCGCAAUUUGCUACGACAUACGUUUCCCAGAGUUGGCAACCAUCGCUGCCAGAAAGGGUGCCUUUUUACUCGUUUACCCCGGCGCAUUCAACUUGACAACAGGAGCGAUGCACUGGGAGCUACUAGCAAGGGCACGAGCACUGGAUAACCAGGUAUACACGGCAUUGUGCAGCCCAGCAAGAGACAUGAGCGCAGACUAUCACGCAUGGGGACACAGCAUGAUCGUGGACCCGUAUGCUGAGAUAAAAGGGGAAUUGGAUGAGAAGGAGGGAAUUGUGGUUGCAGAGCUCGAUAGUGAUAGAAUCGAGGAAGUGAGAAAGGGUAUUCCGAUCAAUACGCAACGUCGAUUCGAUGUUUACCCUGACGUCAGCAAGGGGGACAUCAAAUUCUCUGAGCCCGGUGCACCACCUUCGUAAGCGUUUAGUAUCGAUGAGAAACAAAAUAUAGGUGACGUAGCAAAUAUCACUUCAAGAAUACAUGAACAGCAUUGCAAGUUUACAGCCCUCAGUGCACAGCUGCAGUCGCCUUAGCAUACUCUGUU